CAAAGUUGUCAAAUCACAAAAUCUGAUUUUCGCUUGUCAUCCAAGAUUCCACAAACAAAACUUUUAAAAAUUUGUUAUAUCCAUUAAAAUAAUAAUGGCUCUACUAGAUCUCUGUCGUCUCGAUGAAAAAAUCAAUUUAAAACCGGUGGACACUCUUGCAUCAUUCCAAAACGAUGUACUUGGAUACAGCCAAAAUUUUAUCAAUAGCGCCCAACUCGCCGUGCCUCCUUUUGCUAACCCAGUGGAAACGCUAGCCAAAUUUAACUCAAAAGACGAGACUGGUCGUGAUAUUAAAAUUGAAUUUGAUCAUGGCACCACUACACUUGGAUUUCGCUAUAAAGGAGGAGUAUUAUUGGCAGUAGACUCUCGUGCUACUGGUGGUCAGUUCAUUGGAUCACAGUCCAUGAAGAAAAUUGUUGAGAUCAAUGACUAUUUACUUGGUACAUUGGCUGGUGGUGCAGCUGACUGUGUUUACUGGGACCGUGUGCUCGCCAAGCAGUGUCGUUUAUAUGAACUGAGGAACAGGGAACGCAUCUCGGUGGCUGCUGCCAGCAAGCUGAUGGCAAACAUGGUGUACAACUACAAGGGAAUGGGGCUCAGCAUGGGCAUGAUGCUAGCUGGAUUUGAUAAAAGGGGUGCACAACUGUACUAUGUGGACAGCGAAGGCACCCGUACACCAGGCAAAGUGUUCUCAGUGGGCUCAGGGUCAGUGUAUGCCUUUGGUGUGCUCGACUCUGGUUACAAAUGGGACUUAACAGACCUUGAAGCUCAAGAACUCGGCCGUCGAGCAAUCUACCACGCGACCCAUCGCGACGCAUACUCGGGCGGUAUCAUCCGGGUGUACCACAUCAGUGACAAGGGAUGGGUCAACAUCUCCAACGAGGACUGCAGCGACCUCCACUACAAGUACCAGGCAGAGAAGGGGAUUACUGAGGAAUAGGCGUUAAGGGCUAAAUAAAAUUAUCAUUUUUUUCAAAAA